CUAUGGUUGUACAAAAUAUACACCCAGGGAGACACCGGUGGUGCGUGCAUACAAGUGUUUUGGUAAACACUUGAUACCGUUAUUAUUAAUAAAUAUCAUCGUAAUGUCGUAUCAAUUGUACAGAAAUACUACAUUAGGCAAUACAUUACAAGAAAGUUUGGACGAAUUAAUUCAGUAUGGUCAAAUAACUCCACAACUAGCCAUUAAGGUUUUACUACAGUUUGACAAAGCUAUCAAUCAAGCUCUGGCUACAAGAGUCAAAUCACGCCUCACAUUUAAGGCGGGCAAGCUGAAUACCUACAGAUUUUGUGAUAAUGUUUGGACGUUUAUGUUGAACGAUGUGGAAUUCCGGGAGGUGCAAGAAGUUGCUAUUGUGGACAAAGUAAAAAUAGUUGCCUGUGAUGGAAAGACACUAGAUAUGGAAACGACUACGAAAAGAUAAUUAAUAUUUUCAAGUAAUAACUGGUAAGCAACUCGUGGGUCCCCAUAUUUGAAGAUUGGUUAUAGGUAAAAUGACUCGAAAUCACACAAAGAUGUAUAAUGGGAUAUUCUAUCAGGGUACUGCUAUAGCCAAAUUAUGGAUACAUUUCAGGCCAAAACCCAAACGCCAUCAACUAUAGGCGAUACAUUGACAAUAUAGAAAAAAAAACGUUUGUAAUGAAAACACAAUAAAAUCAUAAUAUAAGUUAAAA